AUGAUUGAUCUUCACAACUUCAACCAGAUCGCAGACACCCACCAGACAAUGAUGCAACUCUACAAUCCCCCGUCGAGCCCCGUUCGAUCGCGACCUUUGACAUAUCCUUCCGGAAUAGACAACAAGUCUAUCAUGCCUCAGGCCUGGUACAGCUCUCCAUUUAAUUCCGAAGAGACCUCCCCAGUGGAGAACUAUGGUUUAGAUCAGUCCUCUGCAUACCUUCCGACGCAACAGGCAUACAACGGCGGUUAUGAUUGGAGCACCGAUGCCAAGCCUGCUACAAACAGUUACCUGGGUCCCGACUCUACUACGUACCGUGGUCUACCAUACGCGCAGCACAACAUCCGGAACGUUGCGAGCUCUGAUGCACUCUCUCACAGUAUGACGUCGCUUCAACUCACACUGCCCGAGAGGCCGCAUACACGUUCCGGUCUUCCGGUUUCACAGAGACCCCAUUUGCCAAUCCCGCAACCGUCACCUGCGCAAACAACCCGCAACGUUGUUGACCAACUGCAAGAUCGACGCCUACGCUCCGUCCAAGCGAUGGGAGGAUCUUCUCUUAGCAACGGAGGUUUUGUGAAGCCUCCUCUUCCCUUCAGCAGCGACACAGAUGUUCAUGGCACAACCACAGUAGAAGUACUCUCAACUCAGAUUACCUCAUCUGCCCCAGCAUCUACCACGGACACUUUAUCUUGCUUUGCCAACACUACCACGAGUACUGAGGCAAUUCCAGUCACUCCGGCUCCCCAAUUCGACUUCAGCACUUCGCCGCUUUUCGAUGCUAUGCCAGCACCUGCUCAGCCAGCAUAUUCCAACUUUCGCGACAGUCAAGACUACAAGGCUUUGACUACAUCACCAACCAAAGAUAUGAUUUCGAUGGCUCGACAGCUGUCGCGCAACAAUCUCUAUAGUGUUGCAAGUGCUUCCAGCUCGAAGAAUGCUUCGGGUGCCAGUGACUCGAUGCUGGUCAGCGGCCAUCGAUAUACGCCGUUGAGCCAGACCCAAAACCACCCUCAGCACCAAGAAUCUUCCAAAUCCGCGUCAAACAAUACCGCAUUCCCUGUGCAUCGCAGCGUUCCUGCGACUUUCAACAGAACUUAUUGA